UCUCAUCCUGAAAACGUCCCGCUUACAACUUCUGGGAACAGCUAUGAUAUACACGCACUUACACGGCCAGCUCCGAGGUGACAUGUAGAAGAAGCUGGUUGAAGUAUCUGGUUCGAGAAACUUUUACACGAACGGCCUGUAACUCUGAGAAGUUUUGCAGCAACAGUGUUUUUACUCCUCUACCAGCUCCUUGAAGACAACAACGCUGAUCUUGGACCGUUCUUCAGAACUUCUGAACCUGGACGUUAACCUGUCAGUCCCUUGUGGUUUGAUCAACGUUUGACAAACAUGGGAAGUAAGACCCUUCCAGCUCCAGUCCCGCUCCAUCCAUCCUUGCAGCUGGCCAACUACUCCCUUCUGCAGACGUCCAACGGCUUCCAGCUCCCGUCGGACCACGUGCCCAGCAUCUAUAGUUUCAGUGCCCUGCACGCCGUACACCUGCACCAGUGGACCCUGGGCUACCCACCCUUUGCCCUUCCCCGCUGCACUUUCUCCAAGCUCCCUGGCUUGGUGGAUGCCCGGUUUCCCCUGCCCUCCAUCCCUCUCUUUCCACACCUGGUCCAGGCAAACAAGCAGGACUCCUCGGGGAACGGCCCUGGCAGCACGGGCAGCGGUUCCUCCAAGAACAAGCCCCGGUUCGACUUUGCCAACCUGGCGGCCGCUGCAACCCAGGAGGACCCCCUGAAGGCGGAGGACCUGAGUGCCAGCGCGCAGACGCCCCAUCCGCCCGCACUGGGCUGCCUGCUGGACGUGGCCAAGCUCUCCCCGGAGAGGAAGCCCAGCCGAGGGCGCCUGCCGUCCAAGACCAAGAAGGAGUUUGUGUGCAAGUUCUGCGGACGUCAUUUCACAAAGUCCUACAACCUGCUGAUUCACGAGCGCACGCACACAGACGAGAGGCCGUACACCUGCGACAUCUGCCACAAAGCCUUCCGGCGACAGGAUCACUUGAGAGAUCACAGAUACAUUCACUCAAAAGAGAAGCCUUUUAAAUGCCAAGAGUGCGGGAAGGGAUUCUGUCAGUCGAGGACGCUGGCGGUCCACAAAACAUUGCACAUGCAGGUCAAGGAGCUGAAGCCUGCCAAGAUAAAGUGACGUCAACGGCCAAAACAAACAAGCGUUACGGGGACACUGGAAGAACAACGACCAACAAAAAUGACAAGGCACAGAGACAGCAUUGUUCCUGGGCAACAUGAACACAGUGUAAACUAUACACAUUUUUGAUCACACCAAAGAGGGAUAUGUGAAAGUAUUCCAAGAGAAAAAAGGGACAGAAAUUCUUGUAUCAUGGAGAGACAGCAUUUCUUCUGCCAAAAGUGCUAUUGAAUAACCUGGAAUUUAAAUAAUGCACCGAGACUCAACAGAAGGGACACAUUGGACCUUUUUUUCACCAUACUGUGUCGGCUGUUUUGUUUUCGGGUUUUUAAAAACUGUUUUGUUUGGAGAACUCUUGUCAUGGGUUACAGUGUAAGAGGUUAUUGGGAAAAGACCCGGCGGUCAGAAUUAGAAUUGAUCCAUUGAAUGUGAUCUUGAUCCUUGCGUUGACUCUGCCCUGGACAGGUUAUUUUGUUGUUGUUCAGAGGCAUGUAUGAAAUGAAAUAUGCAGUCCUUAACAGUGUCUGUAAGCUUAUGGUGACGGCCAAUGACACAUAGCCAUUGUCUCUUCUGUGAGAAAUCAACAUUCCAUUGUAAUUUUUGUACAGAUUUUCCUUUUUGUAUAACUGUUAUUUGGCACUUUAACCUGAUUAUUGUUUAUUUACAUAUAUCACUGGAUCCCCUAAACUUAUUUUAAGAAAUAAAUAGUCAUUUU